AUGGGUUCAGCCAGCUCAUCAAGAGCUGGCUCGCCGAAAGCCGCAGGCCAUGGCUUGCGUCAGCAGAUGCUGGCCUUGCCGCUUGCCAAUCAGUCUGUUGCGAUUCCGACCGGGCUCUUCGCCAUUGCUGCGCUGCUGGCAAUGGGUCUUCCUCUGCUUGUGGCUGCGAGUAGAAGGAGAAAGGCCGCUCCAUUUUCGCAUAGAUCUUCCGAUGCCGGUGGCCUUUCCGCCGCAUUCCGCAUUGCUGCUCGCUUGAGCUUUGGGCGGACCCGCACCCGGAGCUCGCUGUUUCUUCUUUUCCUUCUUUUUCUCGCCUUAGCUCUGGCAAAUACAGCAGCAGUGGCCCAGUCCUUUGCGCAGCGAGACUACAUGACAGCCUUGUCCCAGAAGAACGGAGACCUCUUCUUCAAGAAGCUCGGGCUUGCCAUGGUUCUGCUUGCCGCAACGAUGCCCAUGCGAUCCGUAGCCGAGUUUGCUGCAGGCGGUCUUACAAUUGUUUGGCGGGAUGCGCUUACCGAUGGACUGCUCAGAGACUAUUUCCAUCCAAAGGUGGUAUACUGGCUGCGGCACGCAUCUGACGUGCCAGAUCCUGACAUGCGGAUAGCUGUGGAAGCUGGUCACUUCGCAGAUAUGCUUGUCUUGAUGAUCCGGGACGUCUUUGAGAACGUCCUCAAGCUUUCUGGAUUUCUGGGAGUUGUGUACAGUAUUUCGCCUUUGCUAUGCUUGGUGAUGGCCGGAUAUGCAGCCGUGGGCGCAAUAGCCACAGUCAAGUUUUUUGGAGCUCCUCUGGUGCGACUAGAUCGCACCAUCAAGUCUCAGGAGGCUUCUUUCCGCAAGUCCAUCGCGCGAUGCUUGGACCGCGCUGAGCCUCUCUGCCUUUGCUGCGGGGAGCCUUCAGAAAGCAGAGAAGCACGAGGCCGGUACAGCAGUUUGCAGCAACAGCAGUGGGCAAGGGCAUUCUGGAGGACAAGUCUCGGAACCUUCCGAGAAUGCUUUAGCUGGGCUGCCUAUCUGCUGCCAGUCGCGAUUGUGGCUCCCUUGUGGCUUCAGGACAAGGUGCCUUUUGGGACGGUGCCUCAGGCCAUCAUGGCGUUUCAAGUGUCACUUGGUGCCCUGACUGUGGUCGUUCGCAAGUUCCGCUCUGUGUCUGCACUGAUUGCAGAGGGGAGCCGCCUCGAAGGCUUGGUGCAGGCUUUGUCUGCAGCUCUGACACGUGCACAGCAGCCACUGCCAGCACCAGAGGAAAGCCAAUCUGAAGCGGUGGCAGUCGAUGAUCUGUCUCUCAAUUUGCCCGAUGGAUCUUUUCUCUACAGGCAACUUUCCUUUGAACUGAGGCCGGGAGAGAGGCUGGUGGUAUUUGGGCCCUCUGGAGCCGGCAAGACUACCUUAAUUCGUGCAUUGGCAGGUUUGUGGGCGGGAGGCUCUGGAAGCCUACGACACGUGAGCCCCGUCGUUUUUCUUCCGCAAGAUCCGUACAUGCCCGAGGGCUCCUUGCGUCGCGUGCUAUCCUUCCCUUCAGAAGUCUUCAGUGAUGAAGACAUUCUAGCGGCGGCUCACCGCUCCUGCCUGGAUGAUGUCAUUGCUCGAUAUGAGGAUUUGGAUGCAUGUGCAGAUUGGGAGGCUGUGCUUUCCCGCGGCGAGCGGCAGAGAUGUGCGUUUUGUAGAUUGCUACUCCUACGCCCGAAGCUGGCUGUCCUGGACGAAGCCACAUCAGCUUUGGAUGAGCCGACAGAGGAAGCUCUUUACCAAGAACUGCAGGUGGAUGCCCCGAGCACUGCUGCAAUGAGUGUGGUAUCUAUCACUCACCGACCAUCGCUGCAAAGAUUUCACACCCAUAUCCUUCGUCUUCGGGUAAAUGAAACGGGCGAGACAACUUGGAAGUUUGAGGUGAAUGAUGAGGGCCUGCCGUGA